UGAUUGCGCCCGCGAGCCGCUUCACGUGCAGCAUGUCGGCGGGCAGGAGCUGCGUGAACUCGCUGUGGUCCGGAACCGAGCGGGUUCGGAUCGGAGAGCGGCUCAAAGCCACGCUUGCUGGUAUCGUGGAGCUGGAUGUGCUGAAGGUCCGGCAGCUGGAGCUGAUCGCGUCCGUGCUGGACGGAGACUCAUACCGGGAUGAGAAGCUGGACACCACCGCCGAGGAGGGCACACUCAGCUCCGUCAGCCAACAGAUUCCCUCUCCAGCGGACUCAUUAGUGCCAGGCCGAGGUGCAGAGGGCAUAAGCUCCCGCUGGUCUACUCUUUCAUGGGAUAUUCCAUCAGACUUGGUCUCUCCUCCAACUCCUGAGCCCGGUGGCACUGUUUCACUUGACUGUGACUCUAGACCCAGCUCAGGCUUCUACUCUGUCAGUGGGAGCUCACUUUCAGACUCCUGUUACUCUGUGGCCAGUGAGGCAGCUCCUGGAGGGCCACUUAAAAUAGGAGGUCCAUGCAGACCACACUCGCUGGACCACAGUACCACCCAGUGGAGGGAAGAUGAACAACGGAGGGCCAAAGGUUCAGGUGGAACAGUACAAAAAGGAGACAGGAGGCCUGCUUCUACUGGUGAACUAGAGGUGGAUGGGCUCAUUUUUUUGACUGGACUCUGCUCUAGUCUGGGAUCAUUAAAGAAACAGGGUGUGUUCUGUACCUCCACCAACAGCCAACAGCUGCAACUCGACCCCAAAUUUUGCUCCGACUUGGUGUCACGAAAGACAAAAGAGGUGUACCCUUAUCCUAGCCCACUCCAUGCAGUGGCUUUGCAAAGUCCCCUGUUCACUUCUUGCCAAAACACCUCCCCCACACACCGAUCCCCCAGCCCAGAGGGGGACCAACCGGGGGAACCAGAGCCUGAACAGCCCCCUGUAAGGACCCAGCCUCCACUUUCCACAUCCAUCACACAGCUGGAGAUGUACAUAACCAGAUUAGCCCAAAAGUACCACAGCAGGUUCGCUGCUGAGACUUUCAGUCGGACAUCUCAAAGAGCCUCUGUGGGGUCAGGCUAUGAAGGAGUCCAUCCAAGAAGUGUUUCCUCGUCCAGCUUGACCAGCUUGACUCCAUCCAAGUCUUUACUGGGCAAUUCCGCUAGAGUGAAUCUAGGCAGCAUUGGUAAGAAAGCCAGCCGGAACUCUAUUAACCUAGGAAACUUACCAUCCGCCACUGGGGACGAUUUCAACAUUAGUUUUCACCUGAACUUGAAUUUGAACCUUAAUCAAGCCUUGAAUAAAACACUGAGUUUUGAUGCUAGAAAUUUAAACGAGCAGGUGUCAGGUUCAUGCGGGCAUCUCGGUGGGAACUUCACCACUCCAACCGCCUCUCCAGCUUCAUCUUCAAACACAGUCACCAGCACUCCGAACUGGAGGAGCAGACCUCGCAUAUCAACCUGCCCAUCUGCUGUCAGUAACCGUGGGUCAUUGGAGAUCACUGGAAAGUCCUUUGGUGCACCUAACUUCUCUAAGUCUCUGGACUGGAGUGGUCCUCCCCAAGAGGAGGUGGAAGAUUGCCCAUUUUUCAAAGCCCCAGAAAGUCCAGAUAAACUUAGUGAAGAUUCAGCAGUGGUAUGCGAAAUCUCACGUGUGUCUGGGCUGCCCAAGUCAGUGGUGGUGGGACUUAUGGAGGAAGGUGUGGAGCUGGAUCCAGAGUGCUUUCAAAAUGUAAGAGGAAUGGAUGAAGGUUCUGCAUCUCCAUAUAAUACUCCAGCACCUCGCUCUUCUCGCUCCUCUCUUCAAACAAUGUAUGAAGCCGAACGAUCAGGUUUUUACUCAAGUUCAUCCUCAAACCUCUGGGCAGGAAGUGGCAUAGUGGAACCGGACUAUAUUUCCCAGCAACAACGCCUACAGGUCAACCAUUCAGACUGCCAUUUAAUCCGUACAAAGCAUUCAAACAGCCCUCAUUCUGAUUUCAUGGCUCCUUCUACUUCUCAUGCUUCUUCUAUCCUGCCAUUACCUCACACUUAUUCAGAUCCUGCUUCCUCCCCUGGUUCUUCCUGCCGUUCAAGGGUGCACUCCCCACCUCGUCUGCUCUCGAAUUCACCGUUCACUGCAGCCCAGCUGUCUGUGUUUAGACGAGACUCUCCAUCCCAGUGCUCCCUCCCUCACAUCCAUCCAUGUAACUCUCCACUGAAUGGCCCCAUGAGGCCUCGCGGUGGUUCCCUCAGGCAGGAUGCUGGAGCUGCCGCAGGGUGGAGGUCUCAGGAGAGAGUUUGGAGAUCAAGUGUAGAUGGCGAGAGGCUCUAUCAGGGCAAGCAUGCCUCCAGAGAGCUAGUGCGAGCGUCGACAGUUAGCAGUUACUCAGGUAGAGACUACAGCAGUUGCUGGGAGGAAGAAGAAAAUUAUCAAAGUCCAAAAAAAGCAAGCAAGUUCUGGAAAGGGUUCGAGUCCCGGCACUGGGGGAGAGAAGAGGAAAUUGACGAAAGGACUGGAGACUUUGCUCGACGACAUGUUUCAUUAAAAGAGACUCCUUUAAGUAAGGUGCAGGAACGAAAAGAGAUGAGAAAAAAAGGGUCAAACUUGGAAAACCAUGGCUCCAGCCUGCGCAUGUCCAGGAGAGCAUUAUUCCGGAGUGAAUCUCAAGGAUUCCUGGAAUCCCGGUCCCAAAAACGGGAAACCUGUCUCCAGAACAGCCACUGGGUCUCCUCCUUGGAGAUUGGCAGAGAAGGACAAGGCACCAACCGGAGACGAAAUCUAGUCAGGAAAGAGGACAACCAUCACUCUUCCACUGCUAGUCUCUUUCAUCUCUCUCGCUCACAGAGCCUAGAUGGGAGCACCCACUCCAUCUCGCCUCUUUCUUCCCCUUCCCUCUCUCCGUCUCCACCUCAAUCAGCCCCUUUAACUCGUUCCAGAUCGUUCCGUGAUCUUGGAAGAAAGAUUUUUGGUUCGAUGAGAUCGCUCAGUUUCAGUAAGAACCAGAAAUCAAAAAAGAAAGACUAGUUAAAGCACAGUUUUGUACAACAUAUUUCUGCAGGUGUAUUUAAUAACAAGGGCAUAUGCUUCAACUCAGAAUUCUGACAAACUCAAUUAACAAUGCAGCUCAGACAAGGAUUAAUGUGUGUAAGAUAAUACUGGACCAGUGGGAAAGGAUGUACUGGUACUGCCAAGUUACAAAACAUGUAACAAUUCCAGAGCUUUGAAAAGGCUCUACAAAAAAUGUGUGUGCCUCUGCAUGCAACUGCUGUGUUUCUGUGCAUUAUAUUAUUAUUAUAUUAUAUAACGUGUACCAGUAUACUCAUGUUAUUUAGCCUAUAUAUACACUUUACAGAACACACAGUAUAAUGUGCAUACUGUAACUGUAGGAGUACUUUGUGCAUACAGCUUGUAGUUGUAUACACAUGUAGACCAAAAUCAUAAAGUAUAGUAUGUUGUGUAUUAAGACAAGUGUGCUCAGGACUUAUAAAUACUAAGUAAUAAGUAAUAUUGUUAAACAAU